AUGCAGACGUACCUUCUUUCCCAGCAACUUAACGCUAGGCCUUUGGCAGAAAACUCCACGGCUUGUCCAGCAAAUGCUACUAUUUGCAAUGGCAUCUCUUGUGUGGUAGUGGAUGAUUUUAAUGAAACUUUGAGCAUAAUUUUAAGUACUGUUCUAACAGUCAUGAUGGCUAUGGUGAUGUUCUCCAUGGGUUGCAAUGUGGAACUUAAAAAAUUCUGGGGCCACGUAAAAAGACCCUGGGGCAUUUUUGUGGGUUUCCUUUGCCAGUUUGGAAUUAUGCCUCUCACAGCCUUCUUGCUAGCCCUGGCCUUUAACGUGCUUCCUAUUCAAGCUGUCGUGGUGAUGAUCAUAGGAUGCUGUCCAGGGGGCACAGCCUCCAAUAUCCUUGCCUACUGGGUGGAUGGAGACAUGGACCUAAGCAUCAGCAUGACAACUUGCUCCACACUGCUUGCGAUGGGGAUGAUGCCACUUUGCCUUUUUAUUUACACCAAGAUGUGGACUGAUUCUGACACAAUUGUGCUCCCCUACGACAGCAUUGGGAUUUCACUGGUAGCUCUUGUAAUUCCCGUUUCGUUUGGAGUGUAUGUUAACCACAGAUGGCCUAGUAAAGCAAAAAUCAUACUUAAGGUUGGUUCUAUUUUGGGAGCAAUCCUCGUCGUGCUCGUUGCUGUGGUUGGGGGAAUACUCUACAAAGGCUCCUGGACUAUUUCACCCAAAAUAUGGAUCAUUGGCACCAUAUUUCCAGCAGCUGGCUAUUCUCUGGGAUUCUUACUGGCCCGCAUAGCUGGUCUGUCUUGGCACAGAUGUCGUACAGUGUCUCUGGAAACAGGCAUGCAAAACACUCAGCUAUGUUCAGCUAUAGUACAGCUCUCAUUCACUCCUGAAGAACUUGAACUGAUGUUUACUUUCCCAGUCGUCUACAGCAUUUUCCAGCUGUUGUUUGCACUGCUGAUUUUGGGAGGCUACCGUGUUUACAGAAGACACCGUGUCAAAACAAAGACAGAUGUUGAGAAAACAGAUGAAAAAGAGGAUUCAAAAUCAAUGUCAUCACAUGCUAAAAUUAAUGGAGGAUUUAUAUCAAAUGAGAGCAAAUAG